CACCGCUACCGUUUACUCUCACGGAGAAAAGAACCAACCACUUUUUCUUUUUUUCCGUUUCCAAUUAUUUUUACUCAGAUCCCCAGAAAAACAAAACGGAGCCGUCAAAAAAAAACCCAUUAACGCCGUCUCCCGUCUCCACAAAUCAUUAACGGAGUCUCAGUAGGAUUAUUUCCUAAUAAGUUCAUCCUCUCUCCUACCAGCAGGGACCACCCGAAAACAAAAUCAAAAAACAAAAGAAAAAAAAAACACGCACUCACACAGUGGGUUAUUAGUGAAUAGUGAGAACAGAGAGGCCUUAAAAAAGAAAGAGAGCUUCCUCUGAGUCGUUGAAACGGCAUCCCCCACCAAGCCCCCAUCAGUUCUCAUCAUCGUCGUCAUCAUCUAUCACCGUCUAGGCGGAGGGCUUUCCUUUCCAGUACAAAAGGCGUGUUUUUGGUUUUGUUUCUUUUUUUAUUUUUAAUCAGAGGUCCCAAUCCCAAAAGUGGAACUGCAGCAGCAGCAAAUUCUCUAUAUCUAUCUCUCUCAGAAUAUUCUUUCAUGGCGUUGCCGAAAUUUUCGGUUUAUGCAGCGGGUGGAUGAUGUAGAGAGAGGUUCAAUCUCUGGACAUUGAAAGAGAAGGACAGAAUCAAUAAAGCUUCCUUUUGAAUCAGUCUUUUGAUUUUUUCUUUCUUCCUUUUUGGCUUUUGGGUAUAAGGGAAAUUAAUUAAUCGAUGGGAAGGUAUAGAAGUAUGAGGAAGUGUGAGGAAAUUGGGGAGGUGGCGGUGAUGAACAGAGCUCGUUCAGCUGCUGCUCGUUCGGAGGUUGGAAGGAAGAGAAAGGUUAAUAAUAGCUGCGAUGAAGAACUGGGCCGUUCUUCUGGGCCGCUGGUACAGCUGAAGAAUCGCCGGAGAAGGCUUUUCGGAUCGACGCCGCCGGAGAAUUCCACCGAAAACGCGGCCUCUUCCAAUUCGAAUGACCCGUAUGCGUCGUGUUGUUCAAGUAAUGGAUCCAUCGAGCUGGAAAACGACGCCUCGAAAUCCGUAGAUCUAGAGGAGAAGGAGGAGAUAACAGCUCUAGGAACACCGACUUAUGAUGAUUUGGAAACGCGCAGAGACAGGAGGGAAACGACGCCGUCGUCGAGUGAGGUUCGUGUUGAAUUUGCGGAAAUGGAUUCCACAGCAAGGCCAUCUUCUUUGUCUCAGGCGAAUUCUCGCCGUCAAACUCCCAGCGAGAAGAUGCCGUCGGAAGCCGAACUUGAAGAAUUCUUCUCAACUGCUGAAAAAACUAUCCACCAACAAUUUGCACACAAGUAUAAUUUUGACAUUUUGAAGGAGGAGCCAUUAGAUGGUCGCUACGAGUGGGUUCGUGUAGACCCAUGAAGGAGAUCCAGUUAUAUGAUGACAGAGAGCUCCUUUUAGCUAUUUUACAUCCUUAACAACCACGAAGAAGACAAGAAAAGUUCCAUAGCCAUGGUCGAUUAUUGAAGGUUUAUUUUUCAUAUAUUAGUUCUAGAUGAGUAAGAUGUAGAAGUACUAUUAUCAGUACCUAUAUGAUUUUUAGUUACAGUUUACUAGUAAGGGCAAAAUUCAAGGAGUAGUACUUCUAGUGCUAAAUUAAUUUAAUGUUCUAAGUUCAGGAGUUUUAAAGUUUAUUUCUUGGUUUUCAUCAACGAAACCAAGAUAAGUAUGUACAGUUUUAAGCGUAGAUAGACAUGCAAAAAAAGAAGAAAAAAAAAACCUUGAAAAUGAAAAGGUCUUUAGAUCCUUUUUCUCUUUCCUUCCUCUUUCUGGGUAUGUUAUAAGUAAAUGAGGUUGUUGUGUGGCCAAAAAAAGGGAGUAGGAAAGCUCUUUUCUUGCUUUGCAAAUCAGUGCACCUAAUAAGCUUUAGCUAUGGUGGUUGUGGCAAAAACCAAAAAACCCAAGUUGUGUAAAAAAAAGCACUACUUUUGGAUUACUUUGUUCAUCAUGUAUUAUACGCCCCCUAACCUUUAGCUGUCUCUGGCAGUGGCAGAUAUAUAGUACGGGCAUUAUCAUGAUAUCAUCCCCCUUUCUGACUCUCACUUCUUCUUUCUGUGUGUGUUACUAUUUGUGUUCUUUUGCUGUUUCUGUGCAGCAGCUUACCUUUGUGUGCCAUUUAAUUCCUCCGUCCCCAUUUUUGGUUUCUUCUUCUCUUUUCUGCCAUGUUAAUCUAUCAGUGUGGUGGCUUUAGCAUUUUCCAAUUUUACGUUUUUUGUGUAUACUUUUUGGUUUUCCUGAAGUGACUACUGCCAGGAUAGAAGAAGAAGAAGCAGGAAAAAGGAUAAUAUAAAAAAUUUUCUAUCUAUAAGGUCGGAAUAAUAUGGUCCAUUCCAUUCCACUCGUCAGUUAAUUGACCUUCUGGAAUUCACUUAUGAUUGGAUGAUAUUUUCUUUUUCCCCUCAAAACAAUUAUCUGAAUUUUUUGUUUGUUGGUUGGUUGGUUGUCAUGAAAGGCAAAAUUGAAGUGUAUAUUUAUAAAUAUAUAGAGAAAAAGGGAAAAUAUUUGUGGGAAAUGAUACCGCCGGAAUAUGCCGCAGCCCAUGCUGGUGGCGGUGGCUGUUGCCGGGUGUAGGAAGGAAAACAGAGCUUGCCGUGUAAGUUACGGACACGUGUUGGAUACCGGAAAAGUUAAUGUUAUUUGAUCCGACCCCCCAUGUGCUGAGAUAAAAAAAGUGCGAUUGCGACUGUGUGUGUGUGUGAGAGAGAGUGAGGGACUGCUGUUGUUUCUGGACCGACGUUUCCUUGAAUUUUCCUAACUGAUUUACCCUCCAACCCAACGGUGAAAAACUGAAAACUCAGAUGUACUACAACUAGCAGUAGCAGUGUUAGUACCAUUUGUAUUGUACCUGCAUCCUUAAUUUUACUUGUAUUAUUACUUCACCCACAUUUACUCAUAUUACUUCUAGUAAAUUAUGGAUGCUGAAAAGUGAAAGGUAAGUUGUAAUAGUUCCGCUGUAAUUGAUUGUUAUUGCUCAGAUGUUACAUGUAACUCUAGUUCGUUUUGUGAAAAGAAGGCAAAGAAAGGAAGGGCUUUUUGUGGUAUUCUCAUGAGAAUGGAGAGUGGUGGGGAAAUUGGGUAGGUUGAUACCUAUAAACAGAGGACGUUUUUGUUUAAUAGUAGUAAUGGCUACUACUAGUAGUACUAUAGGCUUAUAGCUAGCUAGGU